UGUCCGGUGUGAGGUGUGAGGGGAGGGUCUCCGGUCCUCCCGCCCGGGGCGCCGGGCGCCGCCGCCGUCAUGAACCGGGACAGCUUCGCGGCGGGCGAGCGGCUGGUGUCGCCCGCGUACGUGCGGCAGGGCUGCGAGGCCCGCCGCUCGCACGAGCACCUGGUCCGGCUGCUCCUGGAGAAGGGCAAAUGUCCAGAGGAUGGUUGGGAUGAAAGUACACUUGAACUCUUUUUGCAUGAACUUGCUAUCAUGGACAGCAACAAUUUCUUGGGCAAUUGUGGUGUGGGAGAACGAGAAGGGAGAGUGGCAUCUGGAUUAGUUGCUCGUCGUCAUUACAGGUUCAUUCAUGGAAUUGGACGAUCUGGUGAUAUUUCCGCUGUGCAACCAAAAGCUGCAGGUUCUAGUCUUUUGAACAAAAUUACCAAUUCUUUGGUCUUGGAUAUCAUAAAGUUGGCUGGUGUUCAUACAGUGGCCAAUUGCUUUGUAGUUCCUAUGGCAACUGGUAUGAGUCUAACACUGUGUUUCUUAACAUUGCGACACAAAAGACCAAAGGCAAAGUACAUCAUUUGGCCACGGAUAGACCAGAAAUCUUGUUUUAAAUCCAUGAUCACUGCAGGUUUUGAGCCUGUGGUAAUAGAAAAUCUUUUGGAAGGUGAUGAGCUACGCACCGACCUGAAAGCGGUAGAGGCUAAAGUCCAGGAACUGGGGCCUGAUUACAUUUUGUGUAUUCAUUCCACUACAUCCUGUUUUGCUCCCAGGGUGCCUGAUAGAUUAGAAGAACUGGCUGUGAUUUGUGCUAAUUAUGGCAUUCCACAUAUAGUCAACAAUGCUUAUGGAGUGCAGUCUUCCAAGUGCAUGCAUCUCAUUCAGCAGGGAGCUCGGGUUGGUAGAAUAGAUGCUUUCGUUCAGAGUUUGGACAAAAAUUUUAUGGUUCCAGUAGGUGGCGCUAUAAUUGCUGGCUUUAAUGAGUCCUUCAUUCAGGAAAUCAGCAAGAUGUAUCCAGGAAGAGCUUCAGCUUCUCCUUCUUUAGAUGUCCUUAUUACUCUGUUAUCACUUGGAUCAAAUGGCUAUAAGAAGCUGUUAAAGGAAAGAAAGGAAAUGUUUUCCUAUUUGUCCAACCAGCUGAAGAAGUUGUCAGAAGCCCACAGUGAAAGACUGCUGCAGACACCCCAUAACCCCAUAUCAUUAGCUGUGACACUAAAGACACUAGAUGAGCACCAUGACAAGGCUGUCACUCAGCUUGGCUCAAUGCUUUUUACCAGGCAGGUUUCUGGAGCCAGGGCUGUGCCGCUCGGGUCUGUGCAAACUGUGAGUGGCUACACUUUCCAUGGCUUUAUGUCCCACGCAGAUAGUUACCCCUGUGCUUACCUCAAUGCUGCAGCAGCCAUCGGGAUGAAGACACAGGAUGUGGACCUGUUCAUAAAGAGACUUGACAAAUGUUUAAAGGCAGUAAGAAAAGAGCAACUUCAGGAGAACGAUGUAUCUGGAAUUGACAACUGUGACAAAACAAAAGAUGUGGAGACUGCAGAGGUGGCUUUCAAGCUAGAUAAUGUACUUCUUGAUAUGUAACAGGGUACUUCUUUCUGACAUGAUGGAUCUGGUUUUCUAGUUUUUUUCUUUUUUUCUUUGCUAAUUUGAAAGAAAUGAUGAGGCUGCAGAACAGGCAGGCCAUCAACAGACCAGACUAGAGAUGUUUGAAUUGAGAACUUACAGAGAAUAUUCAGCCAAUUUAUAGACCUUUGAUAAUUGCUCUGGUUUUUAUUCUUAGAUCACCUCAAUCCUUAUAACCCUUAAGAGGUUGUAAUAUACAGCAAGCAUUUUUAUAAUUGCUAGGGUAUUUGCCAAUUAGACAUUAUAUUAUAGGUCAUUCUGACUAAGAAAGAUUGUAAAGUUCCCUGUCAUUCUCUCUGAAAUGUUGAGGGCUUCUUCCUAACCUCCUAAAGCCACUCAUGUUUCUCAUCACACAGACUUGAGAUCUCUAAUGCUGCUUAUUACUGGAUCUUUGUUCUGAUAUCUCCAUGUGCCUAAAGAAGCAGAGAGAUGCUGCAAACUUCAGUUGAGACCAAAAAGCGACAGCUCUCCACAGGGGAAGAUUUGCUUAUUUCAGGCAACAUCUAGGGCUAUGUUUGGUUAUCACAAUGGUGGGAUGCCCUUGACAGUGGGUGGGUGGAGGCCAGUAACACUGCCCAGCAUCCUCCAUUGGGCAAGGCAAGUUUCCAUAAUAGAAGCCCACAGCACCAGUGCUGAGGUUAAAACGGCUGUGAAGUAAACUGAAGUAGUUGCUGCUGAGUAACUAUAUGACUGUAGUUACUUGGCAUCAGAGUUAUGUGCUGCAUGACAAGGUUCAGCCAAUAGUAGAUUCACUUCUCCAAGGGACAUGUUGGUCAUCUCAUUGGUAUAAGCACAUGACAUGGUGUUCUCAAAACUACAGAUGAACUAAUUGUGCAUCCUAGAACAUAUCUAUAAUUAAACAACUGUGACUAUUCUCCAAAGGUGAUAAUUACAUUAAACAUUAUGAACUAUGCUGUCUGGAGAAGCUUUGGUGAUAACCAGGAUCACCAUUCUAAACCUGUCAUUAUACCUUGUUUUCUAUGGCACUGGUACAUUGUCCUAUUUGAGUAAGUGAAA